AUGGCGCCCACCGAUUCUCCGGCUCACGUUGAGCACCCCGGUUCGACAGGCUCCCUCAAGAAGGUCAUUACGACACGACAGUUCAUCUUUAUGGCCCUCAGCUCUUCCAUCGGGGCCGGCCUCCUCCUCUCCACCGGCCAAGCCCUCGCCGUCGGCGGUCCUGCGCCGCUCUUUAUAGGUUUCGCCGUCGUCGGGCUCGCCGUCUGGAUUACCAUGUGCAGCCUGGGCGAGCUGUCGACCAACUUCCCCGUCAAGGGGUCCUUCUACGAGUACUCAGUAUGGUUCAUUUCGCCGUCGUGGGGCUUCAGCAUGGGUUGGAACUACGUCAUGAACUUCAUCUGCAUCGUACCUUUCGAGGUCAUCGUCAUGGUCCUCGUCGCCCAUUUUAUCAACCCCGGCUUGCCGGCCGAGUAUCUGAUUCCCGGCUUCCUGGUGGCGCUCAUGCUCAUCUACGUCUUCGGCGCGCGCUGGUACGCCGAGGCCGAGAAUGUCUUCGGCGUGCUCAAGAUGCUGGUUUUCACCAUUUUCAUCAUGACAGCUUUCUUCAUUGUCGCCGAUGCCGUUCCAACGGACCCCCGCCCAGCCUCCGAGCUCGGCUGGCACAUCUGGAAGAACGAGGCCUUCAAGAACGGCUGGGCUGGCUUUCUGUUCGUCUUCAUGUCGGCCGGCAUGGCGUAUGGCGGCACCGAGAUGCUGGGGUUCACGGCCGCCGAGUGCGUCAAUCCUCGAAAGGUCAUGGGCCUCGCGAGUAGGCUCGUCGCGGGCCGCGUCGUCGGUCUCUACCUCCUCCCCAUUCUCAUGGUCGGCCUCGUCCUCAGCAUCCCCCUCGAAGACACCGCCAAGGAGCAUACCGACACCAAGACGAGCCCCUUCGUGCUCGCCGUUGCCCGCGCCGGCAUCCCCGUGCUCCCGCAAAUUAUGAACGGCAUCAUCCUGGUGGCCAUCUUCAGCAUGGCCAACGCCUCGGUCUUCGCCUCGUCGCGCGCCCUCCGCGCCAUCUCCUCGCAGGGCAUGGGUCCCAAGUUCUGCGGUCUGGUCAAGUGGGAUCGUCCCGUCGGCGCCCUCAUCGUCGUCUUUCUCUUCUCCCUUCUCGCCUUCGCCAAGGUCUCACCCGACGGCGACAACGUCUUCACCUGGCUGCUGGCCCUCGCCUCCGCGUCCAACUACUUCACCUGGAUGUCCAUCUGCCUGUGCCAGAUCCGGUGUCGGCUCGCGAUCCGGAAGCGGGGGUUGGAUCAACACACCGUGCUCCCGAGCUACCGCUCGCCUUUCGGCAUCUACGGUAGCGUGUUUGCGAUGCUGGUGUUCGUGUUCGGCCUUGUGGCCCAGAUCGCCGCCGCGGUGAAGAGCCCCCUGCCCAGCCCGCCGCCUGUCUUUGCAAGUAUGUUGGGCAUUGUCGUCGUGGCAGUCUUUUGGGUCGGCUAUAUGUGUUGGAAGCGCGACUGGACGCUGUUGGUGCCGCUGAAGGACAUAGACCUGGAGACGAAGGACGCGCCGGAAUCGCACGAGUUCGAGAGUGUUUAG